AUGUACGUAUGUGGUGCGCGGGUUGCGCUAAUGAUCCCCCCUUUACCACCUGGCUGGCGCACACUCGAAUCAAUCAUUCAAGGCCAAGCCAACCUCGACGACGAGUACUACCUUUGCCCAUACUCAUCAUCGACGGAUAUUGCAUUCCGUGAUAUUCGCUCUUUCUGGAAUAACGACUCCGGGAUUUUCACCGCGCUUGCUAAUUGGAUUUCCGCAAAAUAUUGCAUUGAUACGUUCUUCGUUCUCCGGAUAAGAUAUCGCAUGGCUCAAGAAAAAGGACGAUUUGCACAGACAUGUAUUCUUGUAGUAGCUCUCGUCCUUAUUAUCAUUUCGUUCGCUUUAAGUGCAGCCGGAUUGUUCAGCCCAAGUUGGCAAGUAGUCGACAUCCGUGAAUUCCGAGCCGAACAUCAUCACGGUCUCUGGUUGGAUUGUGCACGUGCUGAGCGUUAUCUCGCUGCUGUUGGACGUGAUUACGGAGGCGGGCAAGCAUUGCACUGCACGUACAAAUUCGAUCAAUCGGCUGAUCAGUUGAUCGAUGAAAAUAUCGAGGAUAUCGAUCAAAACAGUGCGGCCGGCGAAAGCGAACAUCAUCAUUUUUUUGCUUGGCACAAGGCCGUCCUUGGUUUUCUCAUCGUAUCACUAUUAUUUUCGUCGUUUGCUCUUUGUUGUGGUCUCUGCGCGCCGUGCAAUGGGGGAUGUGCCGUGAUUUUUACCGUAUUUGUAUUUCUUGCAUUUUUCAUCGCUGUUAUUGGUGACGGAGUUUUCUUUUUUGCCGCACAUCGUGUGGAUAACCGAUUUGUUCAAGGACUUGUGGGCACGUACGAGCAAAGGAUUGGCGUUGCCUUUUAUUUACAUGGUUCUGGAACUCUCGUAUUGAUGUUGGCCUUUUUAAUAUCCGUAGUAGCCGCGUAUCAAAUCCUGAGGAAAGCCGAGUUAUCCAGUUCGUUACCUCUCCGAGAAUUGGCGCCACUUUAUGGAAGCCGGAUGAGAGAGACUUUCGCAUAG